GUACGAUUCUUACUAGCCCGAGCGAGAGCAGACGCAAGUCGUAACCUUUCCCGGCGAGUCCAAAUCCGCGUAAUUGGGAUUUCAUUUCAUUGAGUUCCGCCACUAUAUAUCGUUCAUCUCUCUUUCUUUCACUGAGUUCUUCGUCCGCCAUUGAAACCUACUCUUAUUGAAACCCAUUGCUACCUUCGUCCGCCAUUGUCCGCUAUUGCUGUUUCGUCUUCCAUUGAGUUUUUUUUUGUAUAUGAGUCUUCUUUGUCCGCCAUUGCUGGCCACAGAUUGAGCUUUAUAUUGUCUAUCUCGUAGUGGGUUUUACGGAUUUUGGUUAGUCUUCUCCUAAAAAUUCGAUUUUGGUUAGCUAUACGUUUCGACCUCUCAAAAAAAACUCUUCUUUGAUUGGUGAUUGCUUCCAUACGGGUAAAUUGCCAUCAACAGUGUGUGAAAUUUUGAUCCAAAGAAGUCAGAUUUUUUAGAUAUUUGGAAUUAUUGGAGCUCGUUAGGGCACUCACUCAAUGGCGGAUUUCCAGACAUCAACACAACGGGCCAAGUGGAUUUUCACUCCACAGAAACUGGCAGAGAGAUAUAAAGCUGCUAACCAGAGGGCAGUGCAAAUCCUGGAGAAGUGUGGAACAACCCGUGUUGAAGUAGAUGCCAGUGGAUCACUAACAUAUCCUAAAGAAAAAGUUGAUGCAGGAGAUCGAGCUGAUAAGAAGCUUAAGCCUUUGAAUGUUGAAGAAGAACGUUUCAUGAGAGCAUUUUAUGAGGACAAGGUCCAAGACGUGUGCAGUGCCUUUAAAUUUCCUCACAAGAUUCAGGCAACAGCCCUUCAAUACUUUAAAAGAUUUUAUCUUCAAUGGUCUGUUAUGCAACAUCAUCCAAAAGAAAUAAUGUUAACCUGUGUGUAUGCAGCUUGUAAAAUAGAGGAGAAUCAUGUAUCUGCUGAGGAAAUAGGAAGGGGGAUUAAUCAAGAUCACCUCAUAAUUCUCAAGUAUGAGAUGGCUGUUCUUCAGAGUUUGGAAUUUGAUCUGAUUGUUUAUGCACCGUAUCGUGCAAUCGAAGGUUUUGUCAACAACAUGGAGGAAUUUCUUCAAGUUAGAGAUGAUGAAAUGCUAAAAUUGGAGAAUUUGCUCAAAGCGGCAACAGCAGAAGCUGAUAUAGUUAUGCUCACGGAUGCUCCACUCCUCUUUCCUCCUGGCCAGUUGGCGUUGGCGUGUUUACGUAUUGCAAAUGGGGCUCUUGGAGUGAUUGACUUUGAUAGGUACCUAGAGAAAAUUGUUUCUCAACCAAACUCUGAGCACACGAUUUCAGAGCUUACAGAGUUACUUGAUAACAUUGAAUAUAUGAUAAAGAACUACAAGAAACCAAGUGAAAAGGACAUGAAGCAUAUCAACCGGAAGCUAAAAUCUUGCCUAGGACAUAGUUCUUCACAUGACGAGAGUAAGAAACGGGAGAAGAGAUCGAAGCACAAGUCACAUAAGAGCUCCAGUGAUACACCAAACAGUGCACCGAUAGGUUGAGUUUCUCGUUCUGCCAUGUGCAAUUUUCCAUUGGCACUUUGGUUAGUUUUAAUCUUAUUAAACAGAGAAAAUCCCCUUUAUAGUUUUUUCGUCCCCUGUUCUUUUACUAGUAAAUUUGAACAGAUCUGAAAAUUCUUGUAUUGGAAGUUUAUGUUAACAAUAUUGGCCACAAAAAUUUGUUUGUUCCGACGA